AUGCACUCGUAUGUUCGCCAUGUAAAUAAGCUUCCCCGCAAGAUGGAUGCGAACCAUCACGACACUCCUGGCUCAUCAUCUAAGAUGGCAUCUAAACCAACAAUCGCCAUAAUUGGCUCCGGAUGGGGCGGGUUUACCUUGGCUCAUGCUCUAUCGCUCGCGAAGUACAAUGUCACAGUCGUGUCACCCUUGAGAACAAUCCAAUAUACGCCUCUGCUUGCCAGUGCAGCAGCAGGUAUGUUCAACUUCCGCCUGGCGGAAGAACCGGUACGCCGGCGCAACAAGCUACCCGGCCUAUCCUACUACAACGCCAAGGUCGAAGACAUCGACUUCAACUCUCGAACGCUCGACUGCAAGGCGACCGAUAGCGACAUUACCGAGGAACAUCUAAAAGGCGUAGACUCUUUUAAGCUCAAAUACGACAAGCUCAUUCUCGCGCCAGGAUGCGAUGUGCAGACAUUCGGGACACCGGGAGCGCUGGAGCACGCUAUAUUCCUGAGGACCACAGAUGAUGCGCGGAGGAUUCAGAAGCGUAUACUAGAUAUGCUGGAUGCGGCGUCAAUUCCUGGCUUGACGGACACCCAGCAACGUAACAUGCUUCGUAUCGUCAUUGUUGGCGGCGGCGCCAUCGGCAUUGAAGCGACGGCUGAGCUCUUCGAUUUAUGGGAUCAUGAAAUGAGGCAUGUGUAUCCGCACUUGGAUGGAAAAGUAACCAUUGAGAUCCACGAUGUUGCGCCCGCGCUUUUGGGUACCUUCGACAAACGGCUCGGAGAAUACGCAGCGCAGAAGCUUGAAGGACGAGGCAUCGAAGUCAAGACGAGCAGCCAUAUCGAAAAGGUCGAUGCCGGUGCUAUAUGGACGAAGGAGCAGGGCGAAUUGCGAUAUGGCAUGCUUAUCUGGGCAACCGGGAACGGCACCAAUCCACUGGUUUCGAAGCUGGAUGUCAAGAAGGACGGGAAAUUGCAGCGCAUCGUGACAGAUCGACGGCUCAGAGUGUUUGACGCCAAGGACCAGCUCAUCGACAAUGUGUAUGCUCUUGGCGACUCGGCUGAUAUUGAGGGGUAUACGCUGCCAACCCUUGCCGAAGUGGCAGUGCAGAAGGCGAAGUAUCUUGCCGAGGAACUCAACAAGGCCGACAUGCCAGCGCAGGCUUUUGAAUACAAACAACGAGCCAACAUCGCCUACCUAGGUCAGCAUGAUGGUGUCAUUGGUGGUAAGGACGAAUGGACGGGGCAAUCGGCGUGGCUGGCGUGGAGGAGUGGCAGUAUAUACCAUUGGCCCAGAAGUUGGAGAAGAACGCUCAUGAUUGGCAUUAGCUGGUUCUUUAACAAGAUUGGGGGAAGAGAUAUUGCCAGAAAGUGGUGA